GCGGCGCUGCGACCCGGCCACCAGGCUCGCUGCGCUCGGGCGCGCUCGCUGACCCCGCCGCGUCCUCGCUGGGCGCCCCCCCGCCCCGCUCGGUUCCUCCGCGCCCCGUGCCCCGCGCCCCGCCCCGCCCGGCCAUGCUGUCCCUCUGCCUCGUGGCCGCCGCGCUGCUGGCCGCAGGGCCCGCGCCGAGCCUGGGCGACGAGGCCAUUCACUGCCCGCCCUGCACCGAGGAGAAGCUGGCGCGCUGCCGCCCCCCCGUGGGCUGCGAGGAGCUGGUGCGCGAGCCGGGCUGCGGCUGUUGCGCUACUUGUGCCCUGAGCCUGGGGAUGCCCUGCGGGGUGUACACCCCGCGCUGCGGCUCGGGCCUGCGCUGCUACCCGCCCCGAGGGGUGGAGAGGCCCCUGCGCACGCUUAUGCACGGGCAGGGCUCGUGCAUGGAGCCUGCGGAGAUCGAGGCCAUCCAGGACGGCCUGCAGCCCUCCGCUGCUGACCUCUGGCCUUCUCACCCGGCCGCAGACAAGGAUGAGGGCGAGCAUCCCAACAACAGCUUCAGCCCCUGCAGUGCCCAGGACCGCAGGUGCAUGCAGAAGCACCUGGCCAAGCUGCGCGACCGGAGCAGCAGCGGGGGCAAGAUGAAAGUCGUUGGGACACCACGGGAGGACGUGCGGCCUGUGCCGCAGGGCUCCUGUCAGAGCGAGCUGCACCGCGCCCUGGAGCGGCUGGCCGCCUCGCAGAGCCGCACACACGAGGACCUCUUCAUCAUCCCCAUCCCCAACUGUGACCGAAACGGCAACUUCCACCCCAAGCAGUGUCACCCAGCUCUGGAUGGGCAACGUGGCAAGUGCUGGUGCGUGGACCGGAAGACGGGCGUGAAGCUCCCAGGGGCCCUGGAGGCCAAGGGGGAGCUGGACUGCCACCAGCUGGCCGACAGCUCCCGAGAGUGAGCCUGGCACGGGGAAGGGGCUUCGUGCCGCAUUGCCCCGAGCUCCCGGGCUGGAGUUGGCCCGGAAAUUUCUCUUGGGGUGUGUGUGUGUGUGUGUGUGAGUGUGCGUGCGAGUGCAUAUGCAUUUAUGGACACAAGUGCACUCAGUGUCCUUUGGGGCUCAGACAGCCCAAGAGGUUCAAGUACACAGUGGGGAGCCCAGACGUGUUUCCAAUUGAUCCUGGAUUCUUUCACGUAUUCAUUCAUCCACCUGAAAACAUUUAUUGAUCACGUACUACGUGCCAGCGCCAGUUCUCCGUCCUGGGAGUCUCCUCCCAGCUCCCUGGGAGGGUGGGAGGAGGAAGUCUAGUUCCCGGAAGAGAGGAGAGGAGAGCAGGGAGACCCAGGAGGCCCAGGGGCGUGGCCCUCAGCGGCCCAGGUACUUUGUCCUCGGUGCGGCACUGGGGAGGGACAGCAGUCGGAGGAGGGCUGCACACCACACGGGUGUGGGGUGGCCGCGUGGAGGCCGUGGCCGGGCUUCCUGAGCCGCGCAUGGGUCCUGCUCCCGGCCCUGCUGGUGAUCAUGCAGUCGCCAGGGGACCCCCUUCCCUGGCUCUGCCUCCUGCCCUGCUCUCCUGGCCUUGUAGCUCCCUGCUCCCUGGGCUUUUGCAGCGUGGCUGGAGGGCAGGAGACUUGGGGACCCGCUGGCCGCCUGCACUGUCUUUCUUUCCAUUCAUUCUUUCUUUUCUUUUUUUUUAACAAAACAGAACAAAACCAAAAACAUCCCGA